CACAUAUUGACGAACGUGAAGCCUAGUGCCGCUGCUGCGGAGGGGAUACCUGUUUUUGUCGCACUCAUUAUGUUAAAUGGCGGAAAUUGCUUCCAACACGUAUUCCAUUUGAUGAAACCUGUGAAGGCAAAUAUGACAAAACUGUCCAAAACGUCAUAUGUCAGCGAGCAACAGAAAAAAACAACAUUCCCCUUUGUGGCAUCUGUCUUUCAUGGCUACAUUUUUUUGGCAGAUAUAGCAAUGUGUGCGCAUUCCAGUUUUUGGCUAUAGUUCAUUGUCCCAGAGUCAGAAACAUAAAUGGAUCACGUUUCACUUCUGUAUCAAGUGUUGCCGACAAAGAAAGUUCAAAUUAUAGACCGCUCGAAGAUAAAAUAGCUCUUUAUGCAACAAGUGUGUAAAAUGAAAAGGUUGAUUAGAAGAAUGCAAAAACACUCAGUGCGCACUGAAUCUACCAAUCGGAAACGCCAUUAAUGUAAAAAAGAGCGGCAUAGGUUUUUAUUAUCGUACUUUUAUAACUGUUGGUAUUUAUGCAUUUUUGCAAAGUAACUAUACAAAACAAUUUAUUAAACUUUUCACGCACUAGUGUGUAAAGUGAAUUACUUUACGCCUGUGAAAUAAAUUCACGUUUCUGAAGAGUGCGUCAAGUGUGUAGUUUACGCAUGUGUGAACGUAUUUGUUUUAUUUACGCUAAAAAGUUAUAUCUGAAAGGUUGGAGUGUGUAAAGGAGUACUUGGAGUAAGUUAAACCGUACGAAGUGUAUCAGAAAUAUUCAGUGCGGUCACAUGAAAACAUGAAAACGACUUUUUGACAGACGCCAUCUAGUUUCUGAGAAGUGGCAGAUACUUGUCCAAUAUCUUUGUGUAAAUUUCCAUUCUAGCGUCACACAAACAUGGCAGAUCUACGAUUCGAUGGUAAAGUAGUGAUAGUCACUGGGGCUGGAGCGGGCCUAGGAAGAACCUAUGCCUUAUUAUUCGCUUCCCGAGGAGCCAAAGUGGUGGUUAACGAUUUGGGAGGCGGCAGACACGGAGAUGGAAGUUCUUCUAAAGCUGCUGACGAUGUUGUUGAAGAAAUUAGAAGAAAUGGGGGCACAGCUGUAGCUGAUUAUAACUCAGUGAUAGAUGGAGAGAAACUUAUUAAAACAGCUCUAGACAAUUUUGGAAGAGUGGAUAUAUUAAUAAACAAUGCUGGAAUUUUACGUGACAAAAGCUUAGUUAAGUUAACCGACCAAGAUUGGGAUCUGGUCCAUCAAGUUCACUUGAAAGGUAGCUUCAAAACCACCCAAGCAGCUUUCCCGAUAAUGAAAAAGCAAAACUUUGGCCGUAUCAUUAUGACUUCUUCAAACUCCGGCUUGUACGGUAAUUUCGGCCAGGCAAAUUACAGUGCGGCCAAAAUGGCUUUGAUCGGUCUGGCUAAAACUGUCGGUAUCGAAGGAGCCAGAAACAACGUUUAUUGUAACGUCAUUGUCCCAACUGCUGCCAGUAGAUUGACUGAAGAUAUCUUACCUCCAGAGGUUUUCAAUGAGCUGAAACCCGAGUUUAUUGCUCCUGUUGUGGCCUAUUUAUGUCACGAUUCGUGUCAAGAAAACGGUUCCGUUGUGGAGUCAGCCGGCGGGUGGGCUGGAAAAGUAACUUUGGUGCGAUCUAACGGGGCUUUGUUAAGAUCUUCAAUUCAGGAUGGUGUCACCGUUGAAAAAGUGGCUCAAAAUUGGGAUAGAAUCACUGAUAUGGAUAAGGCUGGAACAUUCGGAGCAAUUCAAGAAGUUACUGGUGCUCUAAUCGAAAAUUUGGAAGGUUUGAAAACUUCCGAUGUCUCACAGGCACAGGAUAGUCCAGAUGUUUUUGACUUCACCAACCGGGAUACCAUUUUAUAUGCUCUAGGAGUUGGUGCCUCUCUAGCCAAUAACAAUGAGCUCAAGUAUCUCUAUGAGAGUCACGAAGAGUUUUCUGUACUGCCAACCUUCUUUAUUUUACCCUCUUUGCAAGCGGUGUUUUCUUCUGAUAUCAAUAUGGGGGCUGCUAUUGGAAAAACGAUUGAUCUUAGUCAAGUUUUACAUGGAGAACAAUACUUGGAGGUUGUUGGUGAGCUACCAAUGGACGGCCAACUAUUCCAAAAGUUAGAACUAGUUGAGGUUUUAGAUAAAGGAUCUGGAGCUGCAAUGAUUAUCAAUGUUGACUCCUUUGACAAAAACAAUAACUUGAUAGUCAAAAACCAACUUGUGAGCUUCGCAGUCGGUGCAGGUAAAUUUGGUGGGCCCCGUCAAGGUACCAAAACUAUUCCCUGCCUCAACAAACCGUCAAGAACACCAGAUUUGUCUAUCACACACAAAACCAGUAUCGAUCAGGCUGCCCUGUACCGUCUGAGCGGAGACAGGAACCCGCUUCACAUCGACCCCAACAUGGCAGUAAUGGCCGGUUUCGAGACACCCAUUUUGCACGGCCUUUGCAGUUUGGGCAUCUCAGUGAGGUCGGUAUUGUCAGCUUUUACCGGUCACGAUACUUCGCUGUUUAAAGCGGUAAAGGCUCGAUUUAGUAAACCGGUGGUUCCAGGACAAACAUUGCGAGUCGAUAUGUGGCGGGAUGGGAAUAGGAUUCAUUUUGAAACUGUGGUCGUCGAGACGAAUCAAGCUGUGAUUACCGGUGCCUACGUAGAUCUAAAAUCAAUCAAAAUGCCACCACAAGCCAACAAACUAUCAGCCGAAGGCCUUAAAAGCGAUGCCAUCUUCGAAUUCAUCAUCGACCAAGUUAAAGCUGAUGCGAGCAAAGCUAAGUCAAUAGGAGGUGUAUUUUUGUACAAGAUCACCAAGAACGGCAAAGAAGUUAAACAAUGGACUAUGGACCUUAAAAACGCCAAAGUCUACCAAGGCACUCCAGAAUCCAAACCCAACACCACCUUGACAGUUUCCGACGAAGAUUUUCUGUUACUGGCCGAAGGCAAGUUGCAACCACAACAGGCUUUUAUGAAGGGCAAGCUGAAGAUUACCGGAAACAUUAUGAUGGCUCAAAAGUUGGCUCCCUUAUUAAAAGCCAACGCGAAGUUGUAAAAAUAUUAUUGAUAAUUUUGUUUGCAUUCCUUUUAUUAUGUAUUAAUAUUUUUUUAUAUCAUUGUUUCGUCAAACUGCGGUGUUGUGUUUUUGUUAAAGGUGCUAAAUAAAAGAAUUUAAAUAUUUUUCCUUUGUUAAUAUUUGGUUUAGUCAAUU